AACCUUCUUGUAAAACCAAAUGCUUAGUUACUGCAAAUUGUUAUGUAUGCCUGUGUUGAACCAGGAUCUGAAAACAUGAGUGAAUUAAUUUGUUGAGUCACUUGCUGUGUGUGAGAAUGCCUUACAACACAUGUGCAGUAUGUGAAUAUGUGGUGUACAUCUUGUAAUGACAUGGAGAGUAACACUUUGGUUCUCGUCUUCCUUACAGUAGAUAAACGAGCAAAUUAUUUUACAACUUAACAUUGUCAAAUUAAUGAUGCGCCUCAGUUGUAGUCUGAACUGUGACAUUUGGACUUCCCAGUUGAAUAAAUCAUCUGGAACGCCCUCCGAAGACAGAUUUUCCACUGGGAAUGUGGGAGCGUCUAGCUACCCAAAUACAUCUUGGCUGACUCAGUAGUUUAAUAUGACCGCUCCAUGCAUCAACAUUAGUAAGAUGUGGUUGGAAACAUGUUUAUUUCACAAAACACACAUAAGAGUGCAUCUAAAAUCAAUGUAGCACUUACUAACUGAACAUAUGCUGUAUGCUUAUGGGAAGUAAAGCUUAAAACGAUGUUCACAAGAGGUGCUGCGAACAACCUGGGCGCCAUGUUGAAAUCUGAGCAUGUAAACUGGAAUGCUGUUAAUCAGGAUGCUGCUUGGGAGUCAAGUAACAACUUUGAGCAGCGAUGCACCGAACAUCUCCGUUUAUACAAUCACUUUCUGGAAAAGAAAUGUCUUGAGAUGAGAGGCAAAGUUGAAGAGGUAGAGAAAGCUGGAGUUGACUGGACUAACGGUCACAAAGCACAACUGGAGCAUGAAGUUCAUAAACUGAGGGAAAUGGAUCAUAAUCUCUGCCAGCUUGCACAAGCAGAUGAUCCCAUUCAGUUCCUAAAGGAUAUUCAAGCUGUGGGUGGCCUCCCUGUGUUUUCAGGUUCACAUGAAGAACUGGUGCCUCUGAAAGAGUUUGUGUCUGCAAAAACCAACCAAUUAAAAAGCAUGUGUGACAUACAGAAUGUACAAUUAUUUGGCCAUUUUAUGGAUAAUAUAAUGUUGCGUAUUCCCGGAAAGCUUCAUAUCAAACCAACAUCAAGAAAAGACUUACUGACCAAGUUUAUAUGUCCUACGCUGGAUCCUAACACAGUGCAUGGGUGUCUAUACAUGGCAAAUACCAAGAGAGAGCUAUCAUGGGGAAUAACAGGCCAGGCUCAUCCUGAUCACCCUGACAGAUUCUCCCACUUUUACCAAUCGUUGUGCCAAGACGACCUUCAAGAAAACCACUACUGGGAGGUGGAGUGGGACGGUGGCGUCAUUGAGGUGGCUGUGUCAUAUAAAGGCAUACAAAGAAAAGGGCAGGGUAAAGACUGCUGCUUCGGACACAACAAGCUGUCUUGGAAAAUCAUCUGUUCUCCUUCUAGUUGCACUUUUUGGCACAACAGUCUUCAUAAAGGUCUGAUUCCCCCAGCUCAGUCACGUAGAGUGGGUGUGCACCUUGAGUACAAUGAAGGGAAGUUGAGUUUCUACAGCGUUUCACGCUGUGGAGAGCUCAUGCUACUGCACCGAGUCCAGACAACAUUCAGUGAACCUCUCUAUCCUGGCUUCAGUGUGGAUUUAGGAGCGAACCUAACAAUGUGUGAGUUUUAAGCUCAACUUCAACCUUAUUGCUAUCGAACUGAAUUAAGAAAAUAAAUAAGCAGUAAAUCGAUUACGGACCGAUUUAUAUGUUACAGAAUAAUCUAUGUAAGCUUAAAUAUUUAUCAUUUUUAGGACUUUUCCAUGUUUGAUCCCAGCUUUAAGAGGGACAUGUAAGUUCUUGAUGCAUUAUUUUCUGAAAUUAUAGAUAUAAUAAAUGGUACAAUGUACAACUCAAACAUAAAUGUCACCAUUGAUACAUUUUACCACAUUAUACAAAAAGCUAAUUCCCAUCUGUAGACGCCUAAUGAUGCAAAUAUGUAAUCAUCACUAUCUUGAACUGAGAUUUAUUUUUUUUAUUCUGUCAUUAAUGUUUUUGCAGUGAUAACACAUAGAAAUUCAGACUUUGGUGUGAAUUUCAAGGUGCAUAUAUAGAAGAAUGAAAAUGCUUUACUGACAUAAAGAAUAUCUUCAGUGGUUACAGUGCUUCUUAUUUACUUCUUGCUUGAGAUCAAUGUUUUUGCAGUCAAUUGAUUGUUGCAAACAUUUCGUAUUAAAAUGGCUGUUACUCAUUAGUG